AUCUUAAGCCACGGUAAACCUAAUGGACUCGACGUCGCUGAUUUUAGAAGGUAAAGCACCAGCCUACAUACUUAAUCUAUCCCCAUCGCUUGCAUUUGCAAAUUAUGAAUGUUCAAUUAAGGGCCACAGAUAUCAUCAAUGCUUCUUCCGAUUCUCGAUCAUCAUACGUAUGCACGAUACCUCCGUCCAUCUCCACCUAGCGGAAAAGAAUCAAAACUAUCAGGGAAAAUCCACCGCGAAAACAAUCCGUUGACGUUUAUCACUCUUUGAUCAUUUCAAAAGAUGGAAGAUAUCAAGGAUGAAAACUUGUCUCUUAAUAAACCUACGGAUAAAGCUGACGAUGCUGAAGUGAAAGAAGGAUCAGUUGUUAAAGAUGAGGCUUUAUCAGGAACAGCCACUAAGAAAGGAAAAAUUCGUAAAAGGAAAAAAGGACUUCAUACAGCAAUCAGGAAUCAAAUGGAAUUUUAUUUUAGUGAUGCCAAUAUAUCAAAAGAUAGAUUUAUGCAAACUGUCAUCAAAGAUGGACCUGAAAUUCUACUUGAUGUUUUCAUGAACUUCAACAAGCUUCGUGCAUUAACAGAGGAUCCCAAGGAAAUUGCUAAGGCUUUGAAAUUCUCUACAAUAUUAAAACUGAGUGAGGAUGAGACAAAGGUUUCAAGAAUUACUCCCUUCCGCCCAAAGUCCCAAGAAGAAGUUGACCUCUGCACCUUAUAUGUGGAGAACCUACCACCCCAUGCCACAAUAGAAUGGAUAACUAGUAUAUUUUCUGAAUAUGGAGAUGUUGCAUAUGUUUCUUUGCCAAAAUUUAAAGAUGCAUCACGAAUCAAAGGGUUUGCAUUUGUUGAGUUCAGUGAUCCUGAGUCCGCUUCAAAAGCUGCCCAGGCAUAUGCAGCCUCAAGUGCCUAUAGGCUACUCUCUGAAGACCCAGGACAGUUAUGUAGCAUACGGUCAUUUAAUGCAGAGUAUGUCAGAAUUUUUCAUUUAUAUUUUACUGAUGUCUUUCCUAUUUCUUUGCACCUAGCUCAUUUUUGUUUUAAUUUUCACUUAAGGAAUCGGGAUGAUAAAGCUACAGAGAACAAAGAGAACCCUAAAGCAGAGAUAGAGGAAGAGCCCAAUAAUGAACCAAAAGCAAAAAGGCAGAAAGUGGAGAAAGAUGAGCCACCAACAGAGGAACCUCUUCCCGUAAAACAGAUAAGUGAAAUGAUUGUUGAAGCAGAAACAAUUAGCAAAAAUGAACCGAAAGAUAUUCAAAAGAAAAGACCUCAGUCACACAUUUUUAAAGAUGAAGUUAAUCAAGAAAAACACAACUUGUCAUUACAAGUCAUGUCAAAGAAGGAGUGGAAGAAGUUGCGAAACAAGUACCUCGAUAUGCAGCGCAAGUGUGUUCGCCAAAUUCGAAUGAAUUCUCGACGACAAUACAUGAACGAAAACCGAUUCGGUUCGUCCACCGAAAAGUCUGAGCCGCAAACACUAGAGGUCAAACCUGAGCCCUGCCCCGAGUUUGAACCUGGUUUAAUUGUCAAAAUCAUCCUCGAUGAACCUAUUUCGGAUGCCAAACGUUUCAAAAGUCAAGUCAAAUGCCAGGAUGGGGUAACCUAUGUUGAAGCGCAAGAUUGCGCCCAAGUUGCUUUUGUACGAUGCACCGAUGAUACAGCAGCGCAAUCUCUAGUAAAAAAAAAUAUAUGGAGCCAAUCGGAAAUCCUUCAAGGUGAAGAAGAGCGCGAUUAUUGGAAAAAGAUUGAAGAAAAUCGAUUGAAGAAACGUGAUAAAUCUUCGCGACCAAAAAAAUCAGGAGCUGAACGAGCCCGUCAGAAAAAGGAAUCUAUAAUUGAUGCAGACCAACCCGGUUACCCGACUCGGGCUGUACAGCAUAAAAAUCUGCAUAUUCGUUUCGACGAAGAAAACGACGAUUAGGUCACAUACUCGCCAUGACGGUCCAAAUGAUUGGUUUUAUAAAUUUCUCUUGUUCAAAGAGUACAACAUUCUUGAGAUCUG